AUGGUGAAGAAGGUAUUGUGUGUAGCAGAGAAGAACGACGCCGCUAAGAGUAUUGCCAAUAUAUUAACUAGCCCAGCUAAACCAACAUUAAGAAAUGGAGCGUCAAGAUUCAAUAAACUGUACUGCUUGAAGGUAUGUUGUUUUACGUGUUUCAUUGUGUUAUUUUGGAAUUUUUAAGGUUCUUUUGUUUUGAAAUUACAGCGUUUCUUUGAUUUUAUGUUGCUACGGCUAAUUUAACUUGUCUUACUGUAUUUUAUGCCAUAAAAUCACGUUUUUGGAAGCCUUUUGAAGAUAAAAAAAGCCUAAAUUUCACUUAACAUCAGUUUAAAAUAACUUAAAAUUAAAAAAUCAUUUUUAGUACGAUUUAUGUGGAGCCAACUCGAAUGUGGUGUUCACAAGUGUAUCCGGUCACAUGAUGAACUAUGAGUUUCCAUCUGGAAUGAAGAACUGGAGUGGAGUACCGGUUGCCAAUUGUUUCACAGAGCCUUUACUAUAUACAGUCGCUCCAGAAAUGAAACAAGUUGAACAACAGCUAAAGUAAGUCAUCUUGUUUUUACUAAAGCCUAGGAGGAAUUAUUUGGCAUUUUAAAUUAUAUUAAAGUUUUUAUAAGGAAAUAUGUUAUAGUAGAAGAAGUGAUAAAUCUAGUAUUUCCAGAAACGAAGCAAGGAACGCUGAUGCUCUAGUAAUCUGGACAGAUUGCGACAGGGAAGGAGAAAAUAUUGGAGCCGAAGUUGUUAGUGUCUGUAGAUCAGUUAAAAGAAACCUACCUGUAUAUAGAGCCAGAUUCUCGGAGAUUACAAGGUCUUCCAUCAGAAGAGCCAUUGACAACUUGGUUCAGAUGGAUCAGAAUGUUGUGGAUGCCGUUUAUUGCCGAAUGGAGUUGGAUCUCAGGAUUGGUAAGGGGAUUGGAAUUAAUUUUAAAAUACGGAUUUCGAAAUGCUAUUAUGCAGGGACGUCGUUUGGGGGGGGGGGGGGGUACCCCCUCAUAUUCUACGAAAUUAUAAUGCUAUAUAUUUCGGCAUGGGUUAUGUAAUAUAUAAUAUUGAAACGUAUAGAAAAUUAUUUUCUGUAAACUUACCAUUAUAUGUUUCAGGAGCCGCAUUCACUCGAUUACAAACAUUAUACUUAAAAAAUCAUUGUCCUCAGGCUAUGAGUGAGAUCUCUGACCAAAAGGUCAUAUCAUACGGGUCAUGUCAAUUCCCUACAUUAGGAUUUGUUGUGGAACGAUACCUGGAACGGGAGAACUUCAUGCCAGAACCUUUUUGGAAAUUAGUUGGUAAGUCAUGUUGUGGGUGACUUUUAUAUUUACUCAUUAAUGUAUUGUGUCAUUUACGUGACUUUACCUAAAAAUCUUUUACCUUUGUUAGCUGGGAAAGUAUAUAGAAAAUGCAAAAUAAAGCAAAAAAAUACAAAUUUUAUAAUUUUUUGUUGUUUUUUGAUUAAAUUAGGUAUUAAAAGCAUAAUUUCUUACUGCCCAAUGUACUGUAAAAUGUAAAUUAAUUUAAAAGACAUUUUAAUAUUUCUUACAGGCCGCGACGAAGCCAAAAACGUGGAUUUUAAUUGGGCGAAAGUGCGUUUAUUCGACGAGGAAGCGGUCCAAAUGUACUAUAACUUGUGUAACGAGAACAUGAAGCCCACAGUAAAGGCGGUGGACAAGAAACCGACCGCUCGAAUGAGGCCCUAUCCAUUGGACACAAUAGCUUUGGAAAAGUUGGGAUCAAAGAAACUUAAAAUCACGGCCAAAAGAACAAUGGCAGCGGCCGAGAAGCUGUACACACAAGGGUUUAUAUCUUAUCCUAGGUAAGGUGCUGACAUUUUGUUUUUUACUAUGGUAUGUGCUAAGUUAUGUUCAGUUAUUUUACUACAUAAAAAUGUCGAUAGAGUUAUAAAAUAACAUUUUAGGACAGAAACAAAUCAAUUUCCGCCGAAUUUUGGUCUGGAACAUUUAGUACAACAACAGACCAAUCACAUUGAGUGGGGAAACUUUGCCCAAUCAGUUCUGGAUCAACCGAACGGACCAAAUCCAAGAAAUGGUCGAAAAUCUGAUGCUGCUCACCCUCCCAUACAUCCUCUGAAGUCGGCUACAAAGUAGGUAACAUUAAGUGCUUUCAUGGAUUUUUUGGCCAUUUUUAUGGUACUAGACUUGAAAGCAAACUUUCUAGAUGUGGCUAAACUGGUUUGUGUUUUGGUGGCCAUUUUUGACUAUAGGAUAUUAUAAUUUAAAAAAAUAAUGACAUGGUUAUUGUUCAGAGAUACCUUUGCAAACAAGUUCGACGAAUGGUUGGUGUACGAGCUUGUUGUACGUCAUUUCUUGGCCACCUGUUCAAGAGAUGCCAAAGGGGAAGAGACUAAAGUUACAGUAAGUUUACAUCUAAUUUAUCAUAAUUUUGAAAUUAUUUACACUUAAAAUCUCUAAAGAACCUUUAUAUUUUUAAAAUUUUAAUAGUUGUGUAUGGUCAUAGUAAAUAGCAUUUUUUGUGGUAAUAUACGGUGAUUUCUUAUUUUACUUUACUUUUGAGGUUGGAGUAAACGGCGAAGAAUUCUGGACCAAUGGCCUUGUAGUACUAGACGAAGGAUACCUAGCUGUCUACAAGUACGACAAAUGGUACGGCAAGCAGAUCCCCUUUUACGCGCUACAUGAAGUCCUCCCCAAAUUCACGGUAAAUAUUGCUUCGGGACAAACCACGGCUCCACAACUCUUGAGUGAAGCGGACUUGAUCGCUCUAAUGGACAAACAUGGAAUUGGCACAGAUGCGACCCAUUCCGAACACAUCGAGAAGAUCAAGAGCCGACAGUACGUGCAGGUGAAUCGAGAACAAAAGUUUGAACCGACUUUCAUGGGACUGGCAUUGGUGGACUGUUAUCGGCGGAUGGGCAGGCAGGAGUUCAGCAAACCCGCGCUGAGGGCGCAGCUCGAGCAGGAGUUGGUCAGGAUUAGUGAAGGUGAGAGAGGAAAGGUUAUUAUGUUAUAGUUGUUUAGUAUAUAAUGUAAAAUAUGUCGAUAAAAGUUAUUUUGUAGGUAUAACUCUUAGAUAAUGUAAAGUAUGUUAAAGUAAUAUAUUUUUUAGGUAUAACUUCUGUGUAACAUGGUAGAAUCAAAACGUAUACCAAAUUUUAACUAAUUUUUUGUAUUUUUAAGUUUUAAACAAAUGAAAAUGUGAAUUUUUUAAAUUUAAAUUUAAAAUUUUUAGGCCGUCGAACCAAAAACGACGUUCUCCGCGAACAAUUACGCAUUUAUCGCCAGAUAUUCGACUUUGCCGAACAAAAUAUGGGGGUUUUUGGCGACUCGAUCAGAGUAUUCCUACAGCAAAUGCGACAGCUCAAUUAG